AUGGGGGUCUCCAUGAGGAUUGCUGUGUACAGUAGCCAUGGCGCUAGUAUUUUGAAUGUGUUAGAUACUAAAAACAGGAGUAUCACGUCCCCGUGCGCUAAGCAAGACAAUGUUGACAGUGGAAGUGUCAAGCUGGAGGCUACAGAGUGGCAUUAUGGGCAUUACGCCAUGGGGUCACCGCCUAGUAGCACCUGA